AUGGACGCACCCCCCCAGCCGCUUACUAGCGGCACCGGUGUGCGCCCGGCCGACCCGCCCGACGACGACUCUCCGCCGCCCGACGACCUGCCGGCCUGUCUGUCUUGCCGGAAACGCAAGUCGCGAUGUUCUCGCGAGACGCCCAGCUGUGCGCAAUGCAUUCGACUAGGCUGCGAAUGUCUCUAUGUCUCCAAACAGAAGCCCGGGCUCAAGGCCGGUGUCGUCGACACCUUGAGCCGCCGGUUGGAAUUCCUUGAGAGGCUCUUCCUGGACAGCACCGGCAACAAGAAGCCGCACUUGGCCUUUCUCGACCUCGACAUCGGCCAGCUGCCGUCGCCCUUUACGCCGGGACUCGCCGGCGCCGGUGGCCCCUCUUCUGGUCAUGCCAGGUUGAGUGCAUACGCACAUGCAGGCGGUGUGUCGGGCGGUGCAGGAGCCAAUGGCAAUGGCAACAGCAGUGCCUCUUCGCCCGAGUCGUCGGCCAGUAACCACGGACGGUCACGGCAGCGGUCCGGCGUGUCACAGUCGCGCAAGCGCCGUCGUCUCGAUCAGAACGGGAGCGGCGGUGACGACGCGGAUGGCGAUGACGACGAUGACGACGAUGACGACAACGAAAACCACCAGGGUGCGAGCCGCGCUGGCCACGGCCGCCCGCAGUACCUCUUCCUCGACGACCCGCCAUACCACCACCGGAGGCGCGCCCGGAGGAACGGCGACCACGACAUCUCCGACGACGACGAUUCCAACGCCUCCUCGUCCUCGCUUGACCACGCUUGGAUACCCCCUCUACCUGCCCUUCCUCUACUCAAAGCCAUUGUCGAGGCCCAUUUUCAGACCGUCCACCACUGGGUCCCCAUCCUCCACCCGACGCGCUUUCGCGCUCUCCUCGACGACCCCCGCGAACGCCGCCGCCGCGCCGUCUUGAUCCAUGCCAUCAUUGCCAUGUCCAUCAAGUACGUCGAUUUUGGCCCCUUUGGCCUCAAAAGCCGCCACGUCGCCCGCCAGAUCCGCCUCUCCCGCCGCGCCGUCCAGCUCAAUGCCCUCGACGGCCUGUCCUUUAUCAACACCCAGGCCCUCAUCUUUCUCGCCUUUGACUAUAUGGGCAGUGGCCUGAUUGCCAAGGCGUGGCCCAUUGUGGCUGCCUUGACGCGGGAGGUCGUCUUUCUCCAGCUGACUGUCGAGCCAGACGACGCCUUUGCUCGUCCAACGCCGCUCGUCAAGCCAGGUGCUCUCUUUGACGGUGCCCGUGACUGGACGGAAGCCGAGGAGCGUCGGCGAAUCUUCUGGGGCGUCUUUUUCCUGGACCGUAUCUCGUCCAUCUCUGCAGGUGGCGGUUUCUGGGCCCGCGAAGAGACUGUCACGACACCGUACUUUGCCCUCUGGGACAGCCGAGAAAACGAGGGCGGCGGCAAAGCGAUAGGAAGCAUGGCCGCCCCAUCCACGAUCACCACCGCCUUCCACCAAUCCCCAGAAUACUACUACGGCAACACACACCAUCCCAUGGCAAGCCCCGUGACCGCCCGCGACGGCACGACGUCCUCGGGUCCGUCUGCCACAUCUGGCGGCGGCGGCGGCGGCGGCAGCUCUUCUUCGGCACCGGCCGCCAACACCAACAAACUUGGCGCUCUCGCAUAUUGUAUCGAGGCAACAGAGCACCUGAGCCAUGUCUCGGCGUUUUAUGCACGGCAACCGCCGCCGGCGCCUUCCUUGGGCGAAACUGUUACUGCUUCAGGGGCAGGGGCAGGUGUGGGCGCCGAAGACCGCGCCGCCAUGAACGCCUGGCUGACCCGCUUCAAGGAGCUCGAUCUGCGCCUUGUGCACUGGAAGAUGCACCUACCGCCACAGUGGUCGGACUGGCACGUCUCGCUCAAAAUCGACCCAAAUUUGACUCUGAGCCACCUGAGCCACCUCGCCAGCAUGAUCCUCCUCCACCAGCACAUCGCCUACCCACCGCCGCAAUGGUCCAGCCUUGUCCGCCCGAGCCUGCCCAGCGUCUGCAGUGCCGAAACGUGUGAGCAGGCUGUGGCCGACAUGGUGGCCAUCUCGCAAAAGUACCUGCGCUAUGUCGGCGGACUGGCCUGUGGGCAAUUUGCGUUCUGCCUCUUUGUGGCUGCACGGUUUGUCCUCGUACACGGCCACAUCAGCAGGACGGCCUUGCCUGGCGGCGGUGGCGGCACGACGACAUCGGGCGUGCCCACCUUGUCCUCAACAUCGUCUUCGUCGGCAGACGACACCCCGCCCUCCUUCUUUGCGCUCCUCGAAAGUCUCGACAACAUAUCGGUGCGGUGGAAUGGGUACUGCGUUCCGGACGAGGAGGAGAGUGGCGACAGCAUGAACAAUAUGACUGGCGAGCAAAGCAGAGACAACGAUGGUGCGCCGCCUCCUGCUGAUGAGACCAAGCGCUGGCGGCAGCCGCUCGACCUCGCCGCCCUGUACGCCGCCCGGCUGCGGUCGCUGCACCAAAAGGCAACGGCCAUUGGUGCCGACAUCAACACCCCCUUGUUGGCCGUGGACGAGAUGAUUGCGCUGCUGUCGACAUCCACAAUGGAGGGUCUUUUCAAGAUAAAGCCGUCUCCUAAUGCGCAUGAUGCGCUAGACACCGCCGCUGCGGUGGGGGUUGCAGCGUCGACCUCGACGCCCUCGGGUCUUUCGUCCUCGGCGGCCUCCCACCUGCGCAGCCCCAGCGUGAUACAUGGCGGCGGUGUCGAGAUUGCGAGCAUCCUGCAAAACCCUGUUCCAGCGUCUGUGGCAAGUCGGACGCCCGCCAUGACGCCGAUGCCGGCCAUGACGUCCGCUGGCCCGUUGACGUCGCCAGUGAACAACGGCCCAGAUGCCAGCAUCAUGGGCUACGGAAGUAUGCGCGGCGGACCCGUGUCGGCCAAUGUGUCGAAUGUGCGGAUGGUGCCUGGGACACCGGCGACAGCUGCCAACGUAUUCAACAUGGACAUGGUGGCACAGCAGCAUCCCCACCACCAACAUCCUCUACACCACCAGCACCAGCAGCAACAGCAACACCCACAUCAGCAACAUCAACACCAACCACCCCCACAGCAUCCGCACCAACACCCACCGCAACCUCCACCCCCUCAAUACCCACAGCACCCGCAACAUACACAGCAACCACAGCAGCAUCAACAACAACAACAACCUGGAAUAGACGAGGAGGACGAGUUUGCGGCCAUGUCGCACCUGCUGCUGGGCAACCAGUUUUUGGAUAUGGAGCGUGUGAUGAUGCGCAACGACGCCAGUUUUUUACUGCGAUAA